UUCGCAGGCAUGCCCCUGAGGAAGCCCGCAGGCAAGCGUCGCAGCACCGACUCGGGUGUGGAGUCUGACCGCGGGGCUCUUUCCCAGGAGAAGAAGGAUCAGCGCAUCACCCUCUUUCUCAGCGACUUCGACCAGCAGGCCAAGGAAAAUAUCCGAGAAAUGAAGAAAGAGCUUGAUUCACUUUUGCAAACAGCUGAGAAGGCGUUUACAGUAGAGCUGCUGAAGAUGCCAGAUGCCAUCAGGAAAAUGAAAAGAAAAGACUUGCUUAAUUUGCAAGGAGGGGAGGAAGUGGCUCUUGCUGCUGCAGUGACUGACUGCUCUCUAGAAGACAUACCACAUCCCAAACUGGUGAGGACCAACAGCAAAAAAGUUAAGGUAACUACAAUUGUUGAAUAUGAAGAUGCCAAGCAUAUUUCUGCGAAGAAAGUAUCUAAAAAAGUUACCAAAACUAAGUCAUUGGUUUCAUUGGCUUCUGGCUUAAAUAGCAAACUGAACCCUCUUUCUAGGUCUGUUCACUCUUCUGCAUGUGUGACUGAUGCCAUUAAGUUCCUUGCUUCUGACUGCAGUGCCACAAAUUUAAAAGCCACGCCAAAGGUAUCUAAAAGCGCUAGACUACAACAGACUGUCUCAAGAAGUGUACCUACCCGUGGAAGAGUUCAAGGCCUGUUACAAAGAAGUAAAUCAGUACCCCAAGAUAAAACUGUUCCAUUUGUAAACAUUCCCCUGGCUGAUGGACAGACACUCUGUACAGCUGGUGGAGACCUCCGUUAUAUUGAUGUGCAACUACUGAAUCAAGAUACAGUACAGCAUAUUCAUAACUUGGUGGUAAGCUUCAACUAGCAGGCUAGU